CGUGGCUCAAUUACUCUCAUGCCUUCGCUGAGCUCGUCCGACCCUUGGGGUGCUCUCCAUGUCAACCUCCUUCCUCUCUUCAAUGUUCUUAAAUUCUGGUAUCACAGAGAGGAUCUCAACCAAUAUGUCAAGCAACAUAUUGCCGCUGUUGUAUCUGCAUCACCUUCUCGGAGUGUGGCGACCUUGGAGAAUGAUACAAUAGAACUAUUAACCUCAGGAAUGGUUACUCUGAAUGCGAAACUGAACGGCGUGGAGGAUGACAAACUGGUUGGCCGAGUAGUCGACCGUUGGGGUUUCUUUUGGGACCAAGUACUGACAUACGUAGAAGGGGUUUUGUUACCGCUACAGAACGACCCUCUCUUGUCCGCCCUGUAUCGAAACCGACCAUCUUCGCCCCGCAGACAAGUCACUCAAGGUUCCACUGGUCUAAAUAACGCCCCAACGCCGUCCAUUGACAUCAGAACCUUGGCUCUGCGCUCUUUCCGGGACAAAAUUAUUCUACCCUUGUCUGGAAGGUUGUACACUCGUCUAGCUAUAUGGGUCAAACAGGAAGACAGCCCAGAUUUUCCUUCACGACUUCAUCAAAUGCUCCUUGUGUUGAGUGCACAAGCAAGGUCACGUCCACCCGCGUUCUCGUUGACAGCACCUCCACCGUUACCAGCACCGGGAGAGACUGCCGUGAACGACCUUCUGCGAAUCGUUCGGUCCCCUCGUUCCAUGCGCUCCCACUUGAAGGCUCGUGGCGGUCAGUCCCUCAAGUCUAGGGAUGUUUCACCUAGAGCACCCAGUUUCUUGUCUGGCGGUGUCCCUCGGGACCGGCGGGGUCGAAUAGCCGUGAAGAGUAACGCACAAGAUACUUUACAUUCGACGACACGAGACCAAGGCGACCCAUCAGGUGAUGAGACACCUCGGACUAUUGCCGCCGGGAAUCUGUUGGAGAUGGAGCGAGAGAGAGGAAGGGAGAUUUUGGAUUCGUUGAGGAGUCCCGAUAUAGAGACCGCCGCCGCAUAUGCCAGUUCCGGAGGAUGGGGUCUAGGUGCAGGCAAGGUCGACAGCUCAAAACAAACACAGGAGGAAGAUGAGCUUUUGGAUUGGGACCAAGCUCAAGCUGUUGUUGAGGAAAUGAUUGGAAUGGAACAGGCCACCGCCGUUCAGAGCACUGCGAGUCGCCGACGAAUGACAUAAUAUUGAAGGAAAUAAGAAGUUAGCAUUGUAGCAUUGUAUUGUAUACAAAUUUCAAUGAUAUCCCU